CUCAGUGGAAACUUGCGUGCGACCAGAGUUUCUCAACUGGUGCAAAAAAAUCUGGUCGCGUCGCCUCUUCCUUCAACACCGGAAAAGGGAGAUGCGGAGGACGAGGGGGAGAAGAACAAUCGUGACGUUAUAAUUAUGGCAAUUGUCCGGGAGAACGGCGCACCCUCAGUGUGAUCAUGAUCCUUGGAAUCUUUGUUCUCAAGGAGAAAAAGCACCACCCAGGGACAGGGAAGAUCAUGGCCCGGUCAGGUAUGCGACGUCGACGUCGAGGCAACUCUAACACAUCAAACGGACAUCGAAAUUAUGCAGAUAAUGACAACGUUCUUGCGGAUGAAACGUACCACGCGAAGCCUCCUAGUACACCUUCAUCAAUGUUGUUCCCGGGAUCGUCCAACGCGUCAGCUUCGUGUAGUGUGUAUGAUGCCACUCAACAUUGAGAACAGCAAGGAUAAGGGAACAAUGUCGUUCCACUUGAAUAAGAAAGGCCCACAGAUGAAUGGGAACGACAUGAUUUUGAUUCCCAUAUCGACAGCACUCUCAAUGAGUGGAAGCGUUCAUAGUGGGUCCGCGUCCAGUGCAGAGGAAGGGUCUUUCUCAACAGUAGACAUCGAUGAUGCUGAUCGUGCGCGCGACAUCCGCCUUGGCGCAGGCUUUCACAUUUAAGGCCACUUACUGCCGUAGCGGUUGUAUCGAGUCAACUGUAAGUAAACGACCCGGAGUCGAGUAGGUGCCGGGGAUGUUCGAUGUGCAGGAUUCACAAUCUAACCAAACUGCCGUAGCGGUUGCAUCGAUCCACCUAAAACGGCCACAGCUAGCAUGGAUCCCUCUUCUGUCACAGCGCUCUUUUUCAAGUAGAAAAAGUAGGGAACUGAUACUGAAAGAUUUCAAUCUUUUCUUCAUCAUCAUUAAGUAGUAGAAAAAUAUGCCAACGAUUGUGUAUGUAUACUUUUACUUCCCAUGUGGAUCUGGAUGAAGAUUAUGCGGUGGAUCUAACAUAUGCCUGCAGCCUCGCGAAAGAGUGUGAGCUCCGGACGAAGCAGUGGCAGUCGAAAGAGUACCUUUGUGUAUGAUGCCACUCAUUGAGAACGAAGAGAGGGGAAUGUCGUUCCUAAGUACGAAGGUAAAGGUGCAACGACGUUCUCCUAUCGACAUUCUCAAUGAGUGGAAGCAUUCACUUAGGCAGUGGCGCGAGCUAUGGGAUGAACUACCUCAGGAACAUGUAUGAGGAAACAGAUUACAACAACACUACAGGAGGUAAUGGGAAUCUAAGAGCAGCACAAGAUCAAGAGGCCAAUAUGACUAACAAAGUUUUUGCAAGUACUCUUUAUCCACCUGCUUCGGACUAUGAAGGAGAAUAUGACUUUCGAGCAGGUCCGUUAACGAGUGGUGAGUGCCAACGUGAAGCGGAAUUAGGAAGGAGAAUGAUGUCAUCUUUUGCUGCCACGAGUUCGGAUGUUGACCCAAAUCAUAUUAUUCCUUCACACUCUACGUCUACUUCGUCUCCAAACAAUAACAAAGAUGAACAGAAAAUACUUCAUCUUGCAGGUGGAGGGAAGAACGAUACGGAAACGAACGAAGCGGAAGCUCCUAUUAAGGCUGUACCUAAUACAUCUUUGGGCGUAUGAUCCUUGAAGCGUAGUACUAUGGAGGAGGAUCCAAAGGGUGGAAUACUCCCCCAUACUCUUCAAGGAUGCACUUGAAAAAUGAAUUACGGACAGCUCUAAUCCUAUCUCUAAGACCCAUGAGUACCCCAAUGCCAAUCUUCUUCUCCGUGAUGUUACAUCUUCUGAAGAUUCAUUGGAAGAUGUUGACCAACUUCCUCGACAGCAAGAACAUGGAGGACAUACUCAUAGUGGCUCUGCUGGUCACGACGGGAGAAAACAAGCAUCUAAGGGUAGCAGUAGCUCUCCACAGCAGGAAGACGGACACGGAAGUCCAUUUGGCGGUGCCGGGCGUCGUGCUACUCGAGGGAUUCUGUCUGGGAGGGGCUCAAUUAAGAAGAUUUCAAGAAAUCCAUCUUAGCCAGCAUCGUUGUGUGCCAGCUUCUGCUCUCUAUGAUCGUGGGUCCGUUUCUAAACGUGGGUCUAUACAAGGGCACCAGGAUGCUCUCCAAGAAGACCAAGAUGGAUUUCUUCUAGGUCUAACGGAAGCAACGGUUCGACGAUACCGCGUAAGAGCCCAAACCUUGUGUCGUCGUCACGUGGUGUCACGUCUUCUUCUUCGGGCGUCAGCAGUCCUCCUGACCAAGAACGGAACACUUUCUCACCUAGCGGAUUCGAUAUGCCCACGAAUACUCUGCUAGCAUCACCAAUUUCACCAAUCGCGGAAGACAAGCAACUUGGUCUGGGUACGAUGGUGAAGCAGAAAGACGCUGACAUUACUGGAUCUCCCAAUCCUCUGGGAGUGGGUGAUGUGGGUGUGGUUUUGUCUACAACAGGUCCUAAUGCAGCAUUUCCAGUUCGCAGUGCUGAGGGUUUUGCUGCCUCAGGAGGAGCCUCGCCUUCUCUAAUAAGAGGUGAGGAUCUACUACUAUGGCCUAAUCACGAGUCUCAUCAUUGUGAUAAGGAAGUACAAGGCCAGGCUGCGACAUUUGAGCAGCGACUCGCCUCAGCAGCAAUGUCACUAGAGCUAACAGGAUUGAGCGACGACGAAGAAGACCGUCUUGAUGACACCAAUAUUAAUAAUAGAGACCCAGUACUACUAGAUCUAGAGCGAGAUCAUGAAGGAGAUGGAGAGGAAACCCCACGGGCCGAGCCGCUAGUGGAUAGGAGUAACGGCAAGAGCAAUGGUUUGGUGCGUAACGGUGAUGUUGCUGGAGGACGUUGCCUGACAAAUAACUACGGCAAUCAGGGAAAUGGCAAUGGCAGCAAAAAUGGCAAUCAAGUUACAGGCACUAUGAUGACCACGAAUGUGAAUGCUACUACUACUAGCAAGAGCAACUACAAGAAUGGACAGGGAACUACAAGGAGGACCUCUUCUAACAUCAACUCCAAGCCCAAGACGUCCAAAAAUUCUACUCCGUCGUCUUCUCCUCCACUACAUCAACCUUUCUUGGAUCAUUCUGAUGGAAACCCCUAUCUUCGACGCUGCUUCCUGCAGAUCUUUGCGGCAUUGAACUACUGUCAUCGCCUCCAAGUUGUUCAUAGAGACCUGAAACCGCAAAACUGUCUGAUCAAGGGGAGCUACGUAAAUUACGGCUGCAAGAAAUCUCCCAUUGAUUUUCAGAAGCAAGCAUCUUGCUUGGAGGGUCCUCCCGUUUUCGUUAAAGGGACGAAGAGGAGACCCAAGAUGCAGCUGAAGAUCAAGACAGACUCCAACUUCUCUUUUUAGUUCUAACUAAAACUCGUAGAUUUCGGAUUGGCCGCUAUCGAAGAGGGCCGUGAUCUCCAUCGCAUAGUUGGCACGCCGUACUACAUGCCACCAGAAGUAUGCGAUAUCAAAGUUGCGCAAGAAACAGGUACUACUUCCUAUCAUCUCUUAUGUGUAUCAUCCCUUUUGUGCUAUUUGUGUUUGUUUGACUUAAAAAUCUUAAUCAAUAUUGAGUACAAAGCCUUCUCUUAGAGAUCAUGAGGAGUAGAAUCAUUGAUUUCCUGUAUUAAUUUGUCUUACAUCUAAUACUAAUAUUUCGAUUUCACAAGAUGAAUAAGAAACAAAAGUCUAACCAUUCAAGAUUCCAGGUUACAGUGAAAAGUGUGACAUUUGGUCGGCCGGGGUCAUGUUGUAUGUCCUCUACACUCGCGAGCAUCCUUUCUUGACGCGAGAAACGCAGGAGAAAAAGUGGCCCCGAAAGUUCUUCCAUCGUGUCAAGACAGAACCUCCUCACAAAUUGCCUCUGGAGGAAAAACUGAGCCCAGCUUGUCGGGAUUUGUGUCUGUGGAUGUUACAGAAGGAUGCAGCCAAGCGUCCAAGCGCAGAGCAAAUCCUAAGGCAUCCUUGGUGUCGUCUCCCACGAACAAGAAUCACGCCUGAAAUGCGCAUAGCUCUUCGAAGAUUGGUGCCGCAUUGUCGGAAACCCAAACUGGUCCGGACCUUGCAGUUGUUGGCAGCACGUGAGGCAGCAGAUGUGCAGAUUGCAACGGCCCGCGCCCUAUUUUAAGGGUCACGGUACUUGAUUCACCUCCAGAGAGGACAGUUGAGUAUCAGUAUCUAUUCAUAUUCUAUUUAAAAUCGAUUCCCUUUUUGGAUCAUCAUUUAGUAAAUUCUUUCUGGGAGGCAACGACGCCCGCAAGGAUGGACAACGAACUAUUGAGAGCGCUAAUGAUUCGAGCGUGUGGACACCGGGAAAAAUGGCCUGUUGAACAAGGAGAACGUUCGGCGAGCCUUCGAACGACUGCUGAAGGAACCCAUUAGCGACGAUGAUCUGGACUUGCUUUAUGCACGAAGGGUUUUUGUCUUAGUUGAUGACUUCUUGAGUGUGAGUGACAUUUUUCUAGUGGAAGUCGCAGUCGGGGUUGGCAUGGAACGAUGAAUAUGAAAGUAAAUUUAUUAUUAAGUAGGUGUAGGUGUGCAUGAUACUAGCAAUAGUACAUUGCGCAGCUUCUUUUGCGGUCAUCUUGUACAGUAAGAGUAAGAACUGCUACAUAAGAAAAAUGAUGUUCUGCCUGAAGUGGAGCUCUACCUUCUUCUCCCCUUUCAUCCUUUCUUCGAUCAACUGGACUUACGUGUUGGUUUUGAGGAGUAUCACUGUCGACUUCUCGGGUAUACGCAAUUCCUCGCUGCAACGAUGUCACCAGCCGUCCUGGGUCAAGACGCAGUGAUCGAUCGAGUUUUCGAGUACUUUGACCUCGAUAAUAGCGGCCAUAUCCAAGGCCCUGAACUUCGUACGAUGCUGGGAGACGAUGCAGAUCCAGAAGAGAUGACUUUGCAGGCUCAAGGUUAAGGCUCAAUGAACUAACCCAACCCAACUCAACCUAACCUCACACACCCAAAUGAUUGCUUCAAUCGCAAGCUCUAACAUGACGGCGGACCUGACGCGGUGAACGAUGGACAACAACAAAAUGCCAUUGACGCACAGUUGCGAUCGCUUGUCUAUUCUGUGGACCAAGAGGUGUCUAUCACGCGCACACUCUUUCGGCAAUUUUGCAAAGAAUUGGGACUCAGGGAGACGGCGAAAGACCGACUGUCGGCAAUUGGAUUGACUGGGGGUCACCAGUGAGACGUUCACGAUAUUAGAGAAUAAGAGGAGAUAAUAUGGAUUGAACAUUAUUUAAAUAACAUAAAUUUAUCAAUAUCAUACAUGGUUUAGAUCCGUAGUUGUUCUUUGCGACCAUACUAGGAGCACGGCCAUAGUCAAUAUGAAAGUUGUUGAACUCUUCGGUUGAUGCAUCAUGAUCAUGAUCUUUCUUCAGACAUUCUCAUGAUCACUUAGAAGACUUCUAGUUGUAACACGACAUUAAAAAUCAGCAUGAAGUUGAAGACCGACGAUUAAGCAUUUAACAUUAUCCCGAUAGCUUUUUUUCUAUUUCUUGUAUAACAUGACCAAAAUCAUGAUCAUCAUCGUGCAUUGUACAAUUUUGUUGGCGGACUGUGACGGGAAUUUUAGGUUGUAGGGUUAGAUAAAGGUGUAGAGGGAAGCACUUUCAUGAUCUUGCACACUUCCUAUUCGCGUUGACUUCGACCUCGUGCCUUGUCGUUGAUAAUGUCGCAGCAGUUCACAAUGAUGUAUCAAGUUUUGACUGCAAACAUAGAAAAAUGUACUUGCUCGGUUCCUUUCUUGAUCUUAUAUAUAAAUAUUAGAAUCAAUCAUACCCACCUCCAGCAGUGCAUAGUGACAUCAUGCAUAGACCUCUUUUAUUUGAGCCGAUGCUCUGCUUCUUCCUAUUAUACUCAUAACGUAAUUCAGAAUAAGUAAGUUACAAUGACCGAAUAACAAUAAGUACAGGACGGUUAUAGGUUUCUGCUCGUCGACGUCGAUAUUGAAUGAUAUUCGGAAGCCGAUCGGCGCACAGCUUGUAAAAUCGAGGAGCAGAUGAGGUGAAGGUGUAUUACUAGUAUCUUAUCAUGCUCCCAGACUGAGGUGUGCGCCAGUUCACUUUCGCUUAAGAUGAAUAUGAAGACUUUUUUUUUCACGAAACACUACGACGCCCUCGGGCAGUCUGCAGUGAACUUUGUGCGAGUUACUUUAGGCCACCACUGGCCAGAGGACAUGACCAAAGGACAACUAGGACAACUUAAAACUCAACUAUUACAUGUAUUGCAUAAUUGCAUUCACUUUCACAUAAUCGAAUGCGCGGCAAGCCUUGCUCCUGGUGGUCACGAUAUGAUCAUUGAAAAGAUGUACGUGCUGUACCAGUUGAGCCGAGCAUAGUAUGUGCAGGGAAUACAAGUGUGAUUUACUUGUUCGGCGACAGACUGGAAAAGCUUACUGUGCUGCUCGAAUUUUGACUUUGCUGACGCCAUCGACUGCGUUAUUUUUCAGGGGGCGUUUGUGGCUGUUCACAUUUUUUUAAGGUGUUAGUACGCAAUUAGAAGUGCUGGCGCUAAUUAGGAUUUAGAAAGAUCUUCAUGUUGAAGGAAAUUCUGCUGCCAAAUUAGUUGGUGUAGUUGAAGAGGACAAACUGGAAAUGAUUACGUAGCUCGGGAGCAACAGCAUCAUAUUCCUAUUUCAUUUUCAAUCACCGAAUUAUCUUCCGUAAAUGUAUUUCACCUUCACGGUUCUUUGUUGGUGCUGCAGCGUUUGGUGCGUUUCAUGUGAUAAGAAUAUCAGUAGAAGUAUUUUUGACACCACGCGUUGUAUGAGUAUCUCUUACAAUAGAUCAAAGAACUCAUAGAUCAGAACAUCGAGUAGUGUCGUAAGACUUAGCAAGAAAAGUGGUAGUGUAGCACUAAUGCGGCUUGCAUAUGCAAGCGUAUCUCCAUGGAUUGCUCCGAAAUAACACCACGGGUUAUAGAAGAGAUAGUGCGUUGUAGUGAAUAACAUGUUUCGAGCUCUUGAUAAUCAUGAUCUCUUCUGUAAAGUCCCUGCUUGUGCUUGAGUACUUUAAAAAAAACUAAAUCUAGUUGGCAGUAGGUUUCAGGACAACGUCAUGUUAUUGUUAUCUUCCGAAUCGAUAGUCCUAGAAGUUGUCUUUGUUCUUAGUGCCACUAACUUCGGACCUGUGCAUGGCAUUCAAAAAUGAAGAGGUUCUUUGCUCUUGAACAGCAUCGUCAAUGCAUAAACUCGUACCAUGCAGGUCGAUGAGAAACUUCAUGAAUGGACAUCAUCUGAAUCUGUCCUAUUGCUCCUGCUGAUGCCUUUCAUUUUAUUUGGGAAGCGGAGUAAGCAGAGCCCUACUUGCAAGCAACAAUUCGUGGAGCUAAGCUAAAGAGGGUCUUGUUGGGAGAGUCGUUCAACGCUGUUGGAGCUCGAGCUGAAAAGAGCUUUUAUAAACAACACAAAAGGAUAGGUGAAUUCAUUGUGACGCGCUUGUCCCGUGACUUUGACUGAGACACAGUCAUAGUGUCUGUGCACUCUUUCACUUUGUGUACACAUGGAGAAAAACUACGACACUCCAAGGAGUAAAUGCGAAAAAGGAGAUGAAAUUGACAUUAUGUUUGACCAUUCAAAUACUUUUUCGUUUGAAAGGC